AUGACACGUCCCGUGUUUUACCACUGGGCGGCUCUCGGAAUGGCCCAGUCAUCGAGGGCCAUCAAUCAUCCUAUUCAGCAAAACCCCCGACGCCAGCACGGACGUGCACAGCGCGAGAACGAGGUCAUCUUUGCUCGCAUCCUCGCCACCGCCAUGCCAGAAUCCACCUCGACUCCAUUUGCGCACGGCAACGUACGCGGCUGGACAGAAAAGACGGCAUACUAG